CACUCGUAUUUUUCGCGCCACCUUUGCAAAGACGACGAGGAUUUUGAUAUAGCCGAACGCCUGUCUCGUGUCCAAAAUGUCGGAUUCAGAUUCUUCACCAAAGAAAGUUGUCAAGCCGAAGGUAGCAUCUCAACAUCCAACCUUUCUGUCUAUGGCAGUAGAAGCAGUUACUUCCGUCAAGGAUACGAAGGGUGUUUCUGUACCAGCCAUUCGUAAUUUCAUCACGGAAAAGUACAAAACUGUGGACGUUGGCACGCUGCGUUUCCGCUUGAAACAAGCACUAACUAAGGCUUUGGAGAAAGGGACACUCAUAAAAUCAAAGGCCACCGCAGAAAAACCCCUGUUAAUGAGCAGGUUUAAACUCAACAAAGAGAACCUGCUUGCUUUAGAGAAAGCCAAGGCUAAAAAAGAGAAAGCAAAGGAAAAGACGGAAAAAACUACAAAAAAGACCACCACCGCCAAGAAAACAAAAUCUGCAGAAAGUCCGAAAAAGAAAACUACAAAGGCGAAGACAUCUCCAAAAAAAGCGACAAAGACAAAAAAGGCACCAAAAACACCCGAGAAAAAAGUAAAACCGAAGGCCAAGGCCGUGGCGAAAUCUACAGUGAAGACCAUCAAAACUCCCAAGAAAACCACAAAGAAAUCGGCCAGUGGAAAAGUGAAAGCAAAAUAAGAAUGAAGUUGGAUUUAAAGAUAAGACUUUCGUACUGUGAUAUGUGGUAAAUGAUCAGUGUUACUCUUCGUAGCAUGGACAUUAAUUUUUAACAUAAUUUAAAUUUUAGCGCUAUAAAGGACAUGACAUUUGUGCUGUUAUGUGAAAAUCUGAUGAUACACGACUUCUUUUUAAUAAAAUGUUUUUUAAUCUGG